UCUCGCAUUAACCUGACGGAGAUUUUCAGUCUCGCGCUAUUUAUGCAGGGUUAUCUGUGGGUGUCACAGGUCUGAUGCUCUAUGUGCUGCAGGCAGCUGCUGCUUCCUGUACUGAGGCACCACCAGCGGUCUGUGGCAAAGCUCCGUACGUUUGAGAACCUCACACACCCUGACCUGAAACGCGGAGGGAUUACAAUUUGAAACCUGUGGGGCAGCCAGCCGACUCGAUGUACCGGUGUAGCUGCCGGUAAAACUGUGGUGGACAGUUAACUCGUAGCUGAGAAGCGAGGGUGCUGCACAUUACGACGGAGAGACGCAGGGCACGAUUUUUUUUUUCUCCAGGAGCUGGCGCUAGCUAAUAGCAGCUAGGUGGCUAAUGGGUAGUAGCAGCAGGUAGAUAACUCCAAGGAGACUGGAUAAAAGAACCCCGUCUACUUCAAAUCCUAUAGAUGAACCCGUGCAUUGUCCGACUUUUAAAGGUUAUUUCGGCAUGAUACCUUCUGCCAAAUUAGCAAACUGACAUGCUGCUGCAAGUAUAUUAACUUUGCUAACGUUAGCUAGCCAAGUUCCUAGCCGUCAAGAGCGGAUCCUGUUGCUUUUUCAGACUGACUUUCGAACAAGGAAAAGGCUAAAUUAGUUGCUGCUCAGCUUACUGCAGGAGAGUGUUAUUGAGAAAGUGAUCGAGGUUAGUAUUAAAAUGGCACCCAAAAGAAGACCCGUUCCUUUGAACAUUACGCCCAUUGGCGAGGGGCAGGCCACCUCCAACACCAUUGAUGCUGCAUCUGAAGCCAACCUGGAGGCUUUACAGAAGAAACUUGGUGAGCUUGACCUAGACGAGCAACAAAGGAAACGACUAGAGGCCUUCCUCACCCAAAAAGCUCAGGUUGGGGAGCUAAAGGAUGAAGAUUUUGAUCCCAUAUGCGAGUUGGGUGCUGGAAACGGAGGGGUGGUCAACAAGGUCCGCCACAAACCCUCAGGUUUGGUCAUGGCACGCAAGUUGAUCCACCUAGAAAUCAAGCCUGCCAUCAGAAACCAGAUCAUCAGAGAGCUGCAGGUGCUGCAUGAAUGCAACUCCCCCUACAUUGUGGGCUUUUAUGGAGCUUUUUACAGUGAUGGAGAAAUCAGCAUCUGUAUGGAGCACAUGGAUGGUGGAUCUUUGGACCAGGUUCUUAAGGAAGCCAGAAGAAUCCCAGAAGAAAUCCUGGGGAAAGUUAGCAUAGCUGUGUUGAGAGGAUUAGCUUAUCUGCGGGAGAAGCACCAGAUCAUGCACAGAGAUGUCAAGCCCUCCAACAUCCUGGUCAACUCUCGUGGGGAGAUCAAGCUGUGUGACUUCGGUGUGAGUGGCCAGCUCAUAGAUUCCAUGGCCAACUCCUUUGUUGGAACGCGCUCCUACAUGUCGCCGGAGAGACUGCAGGGCACUCACUAUUCAGUUCAGUCCGACGUGUGGAGCAUGGGGCUGUCCCUGGUGGAGCUGGCGAUCGGCCGCUACCCCAUCCCCCCACCAGACGCCAAAGAGCUGGAAGCCAUCUUUGGACGUGCCGUUAUGGAUGGGGCAGAGGGAGAGCCUCACAUCAACAUGCAGAGGCCUAGACCACCUGGCAGGCCUGUUAGUGGACAUGGGAUGGACAGUCGACCUGCCAUGGCCAUCUUUGAACUUUUGGACUAUAUUGUGAAUGAGCCUCCCCCUAAACUGCCACAUGGUGUCUUCACCAAUGACUUCCAGGACUUUGUGACUAAAUGUCUGAUCAAAAACCCUGCUGAGAGGGCAGAUCUGAAGAUGCUGAUGAGUCACACGUUCAUCAAACGAUCUGAAGUAGAGGAAGUGGACUUUGCCGGCUGGUUGUGCAAAACCAUGGGCCUCAAUCAGCCCAGUACUCCCACCCGCGGCACAGAGUGAUCGCUCCUUCCACCCCAAUGCACUGCCCUGACACAUCUCUGGGUCUCUCUGCAUGCACCAACAUAUACUGUGCAUACAUGUACACACCCCACCACACAUUUCUUUCUUUUUGUCUUUGUUUUUGUCACCUUGUUCUUGGGUAAAACAGUUUUGGGUUCCCAUUCAUUUUUUUCAUCCCCAGCAGCAGGGCCCAUUGAGUCAUUGCACUGUAAGAUCACAGUUUCACCAUGGCAGUGCAGAGAGCAGCCACAGUCUUCACACUGCUACCGAGGAUGUAAGGCACUGAAGGUCUGCCAUUGUGUCAGCAGAAUUUGCAUUGAUAAACUUAUUUUGUAUUGUUGAAUUUUCUGUAUUAAUCUUUUCUAUGGCAACAGUUUGUGGCUUAUGGGGCUCUACUUCACUGGUCUGCUGAAGAGAUUUGCUGAGCCAGAAAUGACAGAAAUAUUUCAACAAAUUCACUCACAAACCAAAUUGGUAUAUAGGAGGUGGAUCAAGCUAGUUUGGACAAAAAAAUCAUUUCAUUUCACUUAUUCAUGCUAAAAUGUUCUCAGCAAAGACCUUGUAGUCACCUCCAAUGUAAUAAUGAAGUUUUAGCAUAGAAUGCAGGACAAAUAGGCACGUAAGAAGUCAUUUUCACUUUUUGGCAAAUAAGAGCUCACUUUAAAGUUUAUCUUGUAUACAGUGUCGCAAACCAAAGAGGGUACUCACGACUACUAAAGUUUUUCAAUGACUAGUCUUUAUUUUUUAUUCCUGAGCAGUGUCAUCAUACUUUUGAAUGUUCUCAUUUUUCAUCCAUUGAUCUACACACUGACUGUUGACAGUUUUGCUUGUUUUUGAUUGUUUUGAACCCUGCCCCCCAAAUAUACCCCUCAGUUCACAUCCCACACUCUGUGGAAGGAGAUAUCAUGUGGAGGCCUAAUAAAGGCUAGAAUGUUUUAUUAUUGUUAUUAUUAUUUGAUUAUCUCUCUAAUAGUGUCUUUGUAUUUUUAUUUCCCAAGAUCAUGAUGGGAGUAGGCUCGUGUUUUUAUCAAUCGUAAAUCUCUGCAAUGUCAGUACGAAUUUUCACUCAUGUUGACUGAUUUGACUUUUAUUUUUCUCUUUCUCUCUUUCUUGUUGUUCUGAACCUUUUCCCAGAAGUGUAUUUCGAUUUCAUUUGACAAUACAGCUACAUGUGGCACUCAAAGCUUUUGCUUGAAACACAAACCACCUGUUGGCUCGCUUGCAUAAAAAACUUGGGUUGAAAUACUGUUUUAAUUUUUUUUUUGUGUGUGUGUGUGUGAUUUAACCCAACUCCUUUUGGUGAAACUCCAGACUUCAAAUGAAAUUUCAGAUCUGCCAAAUGGUCCAAAAAGCUCUGACUAAAUAUUAUAACCCAGGUUGGUGUUGGUCACAUGGUGGUGGUGGUGUUACCUGCUAGCCUGCUGUCUUGCUAGAUCUCUUGUAUUCUCUCUGCUUAUGGCUGCCCUUUCAACCCCCCCCC